GGGAAAAUAAUGUUAGAAUGACAAAUGUAUCCUUAAUGAUGUUAAAAUAAAAAUUAAAAUAUUAUAUAUGACAAGGAUAAAAUUGUAAUUGAGUGUCUUAAUAUUUUCCCUCCCCUCCAAAUUCCCCCAAAAUUGGAGGGGGAGCCAUUUUCCUCUGCGCAUGAAUUAGAGGGGAAAAUCUCAUCCCCUCCCCUCCACAAAAGAGUGAACCAAACAAAAAUUAAAAGUUUCCCUCACCUCCCUUCCCCUCCCCUCUGAUUCCCUUGAACCAAACACUACGUUAAACUAUAAAUCAAUCGAGUGGAGUCUCUGCAACACAGAGUGAAUCUACAGAGUGCUGAAGUUCGCCGUCGACUUUUUCUCUAGAUUCUCCGGCCAUACUUUAUCAAGCUCAUGUGAUGAACUAUUUUUCCUAGUCAGAAUUCACCAGAAAAUUAUCAUUCCUUUCUUUCACUCUCCGUUUUCACCACGGAGGAAACGGUUCACGUCAUUUUUGCGUCCACCAAAACAGCAGGCAUCGCUGUUGGUAAAAACCCCGGCUACCAAACGAACUCUCCGAUUUGUCCAGAAACACAAUUCAAUACUUCCAUUCGACUUUCUUGUACAGAUGCCGUCCAGCAUCAAGUUGAGUUCUGAUCUAUUUAAAGCUUUUGGUUUUGGGAGUGUAUAUAGACUUCUAGGAAUCAUGUCGAGGUCGAUGCUGAUAAUUCUUCUGCUGAUGGUAUUGGUCAUCACGUCCCAAUUUGAAUGGAGGCAACAGUUUGGGAAUGACAUGGAUACAAAUCCAAGGGAUCCUCAAAAGCAGCUCACGGUCUCGAAAAGAGAGGAAGAAGUUAAAGAGAAGAUUAUACUAACACAGGAAAAGAACAUCCAUAGGCUGAACGAGGCUGUACUGAAUCUCAAGGAACAGCUAAAAAAAUGUGUUUGCUAUAACGUGACAUCAAAAAAGGCUCUCAACUCGUUGGCAGAAAAUGUUAUUGGGCUCGAAGAAGAGCAGAUUGUGGAUGAGUUCGACCAGCAGGAAGAAAUUCCAGUGGACUAGAAAUGACUUUUUUUCCUCUCUUUCUUUGUUUUUCCUUUGCUUCAGGUCUGCACUGUUGACUGGAAAAUAACCUGUGGUGCUGGUUCUCUCUCUCUCUCUCAAAUUUAUUGAUUAAAAAUAUGCAAAUAUGAAAGAGUUAAUUUAGAAUAAACUGGUCUCAGAUUUUAAUUUUACAACUGCUGCUGCCACUACCACUUUGCGUAUCAUAUUCAAUUAUUCAUUCACAAAGAUCUCUGACUUUAAAUUUAUUACAUUAAUAAAGUUAAUACAUUCAGUGUUGGUGCACUUAGA